GCAGAACUUUGAAGCACAAAUGGCGCCGAAGACGACAGCGACGACGAGCACGCCCUCUGAAGCAUCCCAGAAGGAUGCGUUACAAGCUUUGUGGAAGGCAUAUAACGAACAAACCCCGGAUCGUCUCAAAUUCGUCGACUCCUUCCUCGUCUUCCUCAUUCUCUCGGGCGUCAUUCAAUUCUUGUACUGCAUCCUUGUCACCAACUUCCCCUUCAACGCCUUCCUUGCUGGCUUUGGAAGCACGGUUGGCCAGUUCGUCCUCACGGCGUCAUUGCGUGCCCAAGUCAACCCAGACAAUCGCGGAGAGUUCAAGGACGUAUCCCCUGAAAGAGCAUUUGCCGACUUCGCCAUAGGCUCCAUCGUCCUGCACUUCUUCGUCUAUAACUUCCUCGGCUAGUACGCUGCCAAUAUACCGCGUGUAUGUGCAUUGUGAUACCGUUCGGUGGAGCCCAAUGAGAGACGAGAGGGAAAGGCCUGGAAUAAAUAUACCGAGAAGGGAUAUGAUACAAGUGGUGUAGCGCAAGGCGAUCAUCGCUUUCGCUCGAAAGACUUGGACCUCUGUGGAUGAUCAAUAACUGCUACGUCGCCUUUCGCAGACCACGCACCCCAAGGACCACUACAGCGAAGUCAAAGACAUAUUCCCCUGCAUUUAUCAUGAGGCCCGACCAUGAGAGC